AUGAUUCUUGUCCUUCCCGUGCUUGGCCAUUAUCGCAUCUCGCCUCAAGGGCCCCUUUCAACCACACCACCAACUACAAACACCACUCCACGACACCCACUGCUCGCCAACACGAUAGCAUCGCGCGGCGACGAGAGUGCAGGUUCAGUCGCGGCAUCCGGGCGGACUCGCCGCAACCAGAGCAUGGCAGAGGAGCAAGGACGAGGGCCGCCUUCUACACACCGAGAAGACGAAGGUCGACACCAACUUCCCCCCGUGGGAGCACCCGAAGACCCAAGAUACCACGACGACAGACAUCAUAGACCCAACAUGGCCGCACCAGUAACACUUCCCUCCAUUCAGGAUCCCCACGGCGCCUACGGCCAACCAGCCUACCCGAGGUCCUACCCUGGCGAUCCACGGGGUGACCCGCGCGCCGAUCCGCGCGCCAGCAAUUACAGCGCCUCCCCGAAUUCCGUUAACGGCUACCCGCCGCCGCAACCGGGUGGUCAUCCGCCGCAACUGCCGCCGUUGCAACCCCCGGGUGACCCCAGAUCUCCCACUUAUCCUCCCCCGCCAGAUGGAAGGGACGACUACUACAGAAAUCGCCAGCCUCCGCCGCAGUAUGGCGACCCCUACUAUCAGGAGUAUCACAACCGCCAAGGCCCGCCUCCUCCGGGUCGCUACGCCGACUACCCUCCGCCUGGCCCUGGUGGUCCACGAUACGACUACCCACCAGGCGCACCGAGAUACGACUACGGUCAAGGAGGCCCUCCCAUGCAGCAAGCUGCCCCAAGACAACGAACCUCUAUAGCUUGCAGCGGCUAUCAGAGUGCGCCUGGCGGCAAAUGCGUAAACUGCAGCAGGAUGAACCAGGAGUGCAUAUUCCAGCCCGUAUCUUCGUCUAGUUCGACUGCAUUUGUGCCCGUGUCGGCCAUCCAGGGAGGUGUUCCACCGGGAACGCCGCUCUAUGGGGCUUACGGGCAGCCUCUACCUCCGGGUUCGCUGCCUCCGCCACCGGGCCCCCAGGGUUAUCCCCCUCAGCCUGGCAACGGCGGUUACUACCAACAACCACUCCCUUCUCCAACGGGCGGCUACUCGCCCUACGAUGCGCAGCGUGGAAGGCGGCGGCCGAGGGACGAUGAAGUUGACGAGCUCCGACCUCCGCCACCCGAUCCGAACUCUGCAGACGAUCCUCGACGUCGCUCACCAGCCUCGAGCUCGAAUCACAGCAGCCCGGGAGGCUACAUGGGCUACUCGCAAGGCGGUCAUCCCGGAUAUGAUCCAAGAGCGCCUCCGGCUAGACAUAGCCCUGGACAGCCGGCGGCAGUACCUCACCCGCAGACGGGAGACGAGCGAGCCGCGGCAGCGACCCAGCGACAAAGCAAUUCCUCCACACCAGCAGCAUCCUCGAGCUCGGUUAUGAGCUUGAAUAACUUGGUGGACACGACUCCAAAUGACAUUGACAGGAACAUGCUGGGAAGGCUGAACCGUCCUCCAGUGAGAAAGUGA